UUGAAUCAAUUACAGGUUGCUCUUGCAGAGGCGCAUUUGUGUGAGUGGCCGUGGAGCAGGACGGAGGAGCACAGCACAAGGGAGAGGAUUACUACUGCUUUACAACUGAGGACCCUUGGACUGAUUAGAGUAUUUUACAAGAGCUUUGCCAUUCAUUUUGGCUGUUCUUUUAUCAAAGGGAACAACCAAAAGGGAUUAAAAAGCUGAGCACAAUCUAAGUGACCAUGGGAUUCCUGGAGACACAUCUCGUUUUGGGGAUUGUCUUACUAGGGGUAUUUUCAGAUGUUUCAAAACCUUGGCCGGUUAUUAAUUCAGACGAAAAGGAAUUUAUUCUGACACCUCAUUCAGAGUUCAUCAUCACUUGCUCCGGAGUAAGCAGAGUGAGAUGGGUGGAGCCAUUACCACUCAACAGUGAAGUGCACUCCGGUUUUAAUCACAGUACUUUGGUGAUCACUGAUGUUGUAGCCUUAAACACACGUUCCUACUUCUGCGAAUGUGUGGAUCAACCUGAAAACUACACUGAAAUCUACAUUUUUGUUCCAGAUCCUGAGGUUCCAUUCGUGUCUGAACCUAUUGUUGAGACAGAUGAGCUGGGCAUAACUAUCCCCUGCCUCGCUACAAACCCAAAUUCUCAAGUGAUUCUCAGAGACCUGCAGAGAGGGGAUGAGGUUUCUCUGUUUUACGACCACAAAAUCGGCUUUUUCGGCAUGUUACUACCAGGUCAAUACGUUUGCGAGACGAACGUGAAUGGCAAAGCAGUUCAGAGCAGCGUUUAUAAUGUGACAAAAGAAGAGGGCUUCAGCAUACAACUAAGAGCCAGUAUGGAGGAUGUGAAAGAGGGGGACGCUGUCAAUCUCACCUGCGAGACCCCUCCUGGGAAGGCUUUCCGCCAGCAGUGGCUGCAUCCCCAAAAACAGGCCAGAGAGGCUGUUCCAAUAAAGUUAUCUUUCCCAGACAAGGAUCAGUACAUCCUCAAAAUCCCAAAAGCCUCUGUGGCAGACACUGGACGCUAUGAGUGUGCUGUAACCAACCAAAUCACUGGACAAACCAAGUCCAUCAGCCUGGGGAUCACAGUCCAUGAGAGCUCUUUUGUGGAAGUAAUAUCUAAUGGUAUUGGGCCAGUGGAGGUUGCAUCUCUUCUGGAGGAAAAAGAGUUCACCAUUUACAUUGAUGCUGACCCUGAGCCAAAGGUCAUGUGGUUUAAAGAUGGCAUUCAGCUGGAUGACCGCUACAUCUCCACCGAAACCACUCAUCUGAAUGGCCUCAGGUAUGAGAAUAUUCUGGUCCUCCGCCACCCCAUAGAGGAGGACAGUGGCAUCUAUGAGGUUGUUGCGUCGACUGGCUCCAGGACUUCAAAAUUUUCAUUCAAACUGCUGGUUGAAGCCAUGAACCCAGUGCUGCCACAGUCAGUUCUGGCUCCAGUGAUGUGGCCCCAGAGAGAGAGCAUGGAGGUGUCUCUCCACUCAACUUUCCGACUCACAUGUCGAGGUCAGGCCGAGCUCGCUUGGCACAGCCCUGUUUAUCUUCAUGAUCAGACUAACUCUGAAAAGAAAGGACUCUUCAUCUCCACUGUGACUAUUGGCAAUGCGACAGCAGCUCAUACAGGAGAAUACAUCUGCUACUAUGAGUUCAGCAACAACACUGAGGAGACCAUCAUCUACAUUUAUGUGCCAGAUCCACAAACGCCGUUUGUACCAUCCAUGGCUCCUUUUGAAAACCAUGUGCUGACGAGUCAUGAUGAAAUGGAGAUUCCGUGCCGUGUGACAGACCCCAGCACCAGCGUCUCUCUGAUUCACAUUGAGACCAGUCAGGUUCUGCCCAAUGUCUAUGACAGCAAGAGAGGUUUCGUUGGCCUCUUCGGCGCUGGGACAUAUGUCUGCAGGGCCCUCAUUAAAGGACAGGAGCAUGACAGCAUACAGUACAUCGUUCACGGCUGGACAGGAGGGCCUGAUUUGAGAGUCGAGCUACGAGCAGAGAAGAAGGCUCUGCUGGUGGGUGAGACCAUCACUGUUGACUGUGUGGCCAGAGGCAGUGAGAUGUUGGAGGACCACUGGAAAUACCCUGGGAAACUGACGGAUCGAGGAGUAAAGACCGUAAAGGAGAAUAAGCGAGAUCUUGAGAUCCAUUAUACUCUGACAGUGUCUAAUGCCUCACCGAAAGACAGCGGCGUCUACGUCUGCUCCAUCACUGACAUUAUGAGCAACGAGAGCCAAACCAAACAACUCACUAUUACAGUCUAUGAUCAUGAGUUUGUGCACCUAAAUCCAGUGAUUGGUCUGGUGGAGACUGCUAGGCUGGAUGAGGUGCGAGAGUUCAGGGUGGACAUAGAGUCCUUCCCUGCCCCCAGAGUCACAUGGUUAAAGGAUGGCUCCAUCCUGGGAGACGUUGCUGCAGAGAUCAGCUCCAGCCUCCUGAAAAUCAGCGAGACCAGUUACCAGGGUGUGUUGACCCUGAUCAGGGCUAAAGCGGAGGACAGUGGGAACUAUACCAUCAGGGCAGAAAUAGGCAACCUGACUACCAGCUACAAUUUCUACCUUCAGGUUAAAGUUCCCCCUGUGAUUGUGGACCUGAUGGACAUCCACCAUGGCUCUGCUGCAGGUCAGGAAGUGGUGUGUACUGUUGGCGGCUCCCCCGCCCCUGACGUGGACUGGUAUAUCUGCAAAAACAUUAAACACUGUGCCAAUGAUUCCUCCCAGUGGAUUCCACUUCCGAUCAACUCUACGGACAUCACUGUGGAAUUGCAAAUGAAUGUGGACAACUACAUUGAGAGUCACAUCAUUUUCCACCAUCUUGAGAGCACGAUUGCUGUGCGCUGUCUGGCCAGGAAUGACAUUGGUGCCAUUUCACGGGAGGUUAAACUUGUGUCAAAUGGUCCGCACUCGGAGCUCACUGUGGCUGCUGCUGUUCUGGUGCUGCUGGUCAUUGUCGUCAUCUCACUCAUUGUGCUGGUCAUUAUCUGGAAACAGAAACCACGCUACGAGAUCAGAUGGCGUGUGAUUGAAUCGGUCAGUCCGGACGGUCAUGAAUACAUAUAUGUCGAUCCCAUGCAGCUUCCAUAUGACUCCCGCUGGGAGUUCUCUCGGGAUAGCCUUGUUCUGGGCCGUGUCCUGGGCUCAGGAGCGUUUGGGAAAGUGGUGGAGGGCACUGCUUAUGGACUUAGUCGUUCUCAACCUGUGAUGAAAGUGGCAGUAAAAAUGCUUAAACCGACAGCACGCUCCAGUGAGAAACAGGCUUUGAUGUCAGAGCUGAAAAUUAUGACCCACCUGGGCCCUCACCUAAACAUCGUCAAUCUUCUGGGAGCGUGCACUAAAUCAGGACCAAUCUACAUUAUCACAGAGUAUUGUUUCUAUGGAGACCUGGUAAAUUACCUGCAUAAGAACAGAGAUGGUUUUCUCAGCCGCCACACAGAAAAGGGCAAGAAAGAUCUAGACAUCUUUGGCAUCAACCCAGCCGAUGAGAGUAGCAGGAGCUACGUCAUCCUGUCUUUUGAGGGGAAAGGUGAUUAUAUGGACAUGAAGCAGGCAGACACCAUGCAAUACGUCCCCAUGCUGGAAAUGAGUGAAGCUUCAAAAUACUCUCCCAUCCAGAGAUCAGACUACGACCAUCCUCCCUCUCACAGACAGUUAAAUGCAGACAGUGAAGUUGAGAACCUUCUCUCAGAUGACACCAAUGAAGGCCUGACGACAGUGGACCUCCUCAGUUUCACCUAUCAGGUGGCUCGAGGGAUGGAGUUUUUGGCCUCUAAGAACUGUGUACACAGAGACUUGGCUGCACGUAAUGUCCUGCUGUCUCAAGGCAAGAUAGUGAAGAUCUGUGACUUUGGGCUGGCCAGAGACAUCAUGCACGAUAACAACUACGUCUCCAAAGGAAGUACCUUCCUUCCAGUGAAGUGGAUGGCCCCAGAGAGUAUUUUUGAUAACCUCUACACUACACUCAGUGACGUCUGGUCUUAUGGCAUCUUAUUAUGGGAGAUAUUCUCUCUUGGAGGGACGCCUUAUCCAGGUAUGGUUGUGGAUUCCAGCUUCUACAACAAGAUCAAGAGUGGAUACCGGAUGGCGAAACCCGAGCAUGCUUCCAGUGAUGUCUAUGAGCUUAUGAUGAAGUGUUGGAACAGUGAACCAGAGAAGAGACCGUCUUUCCACUGCCUGAGUGAUACGGUGGCCUCUCUGCUGCCCUCAGGAUAUAAGAGGUGUUAUGAACGCGUGAAUCAUGACUUCCUGAAGAGCGAUCACCCCGCUGUGACUCGGGUGCAGUGUAUUGACAACGAUGAUGAUGCGUACAUGGGCGUGCUCUACAAGAACCAGGGCAAACUGAAGGACCGCGAGAGCGGCUUUGAUGAACAAAGACUCAGCUCUGAUAGCGGUUACAUCAUUCCUCUGCCAGACCUCGACCCACUGUCAAAUGAAGACUACAGCAAGAGGAACCGCCACAGCUCUCAGACGUCAGAGGAAAGCGCAAUAGAGACAGGCUCUAGCAGCUCCAUGACCAAGCGUGAAGGAGAGACCCUGGAGGACAUCACCUUGCUGGACGAGAUGUGCUUGGACUCAGGAGACCUGGUGGAGGACAGUUUCCUGUAAGAGAAAGAUGCAAAGAGAGAGAGAGACAUCUACAGACAAACAUUCCUCUGAUUCAUUACAAGUUCAUGGAUCUCUCUCUGCGUCCUUCCAUCAUAUUUUCCUCACUACACUCUCCUGAAGCCUUCAGAAGAAAAAAAAUAAUAACUUUGAUGCGUGAAUGUCAUUGAUGUUUUUGGAUUAGACAUCGCCCUCUACAGGUCUGGAGGAAUGAGCAGUGCACCACAGGACUUUAUGAGCUCUCUUGAUGAGACUCAGUAAGUGGUUAAGUGACUCUAAUGAAGCUAAGACCAAUGAGAAGGGGAAGUGGAGUAGAUAUUUGUUUCUGUAUAUCAUUUCACUUAUGUUUGUAAUGUGAUUGUGUUUGUUUGUGCGUGUGUCAGUGAAUUAUAUGAUCUUUAUUUUGACGGGCAUUCCGAUCAGCAAUAUAAGCAUGUCAUUUAAAAUUAUAUCAGUGACCUGGUGGUUUCACAACUGCUACCUUUCAAAUGAAUCCAUCUGAGCUACAAAAAACCACUAUAAACAUUUAAAAGUGCAAUGUGUACAUUUUAGGAGGAUCUAUUGACAGAAUUGCAAUAUAAUAUACAUAACUAUGUUUUCAGUGGUGUAUAAAGACCUUACAUAAUGAACCGUUAUGUUUUUAUUACCUUAGAAUGAGCCAUUUCUAUCUACAUACACCGCGGGUCUCCUUACAUGUCAAGUCGCCAUUUUGCGCCGGCAUGUUUCUACAGUAGCCCUAAAUGGGCAAACAGAACACGUUUGCUUGACUGGCUACUCUCUGCUGUCUCAGACGACGACAUCUUUGUCCUGUGCUGGCCACCAUAGCUUCUCAAUAUUGCAAUUCACAACCUCACUGCUAGAUGUUGCUAAAAUUUACGCACUGCACCUUUAAAAAACAGCAUAACUGGGUCAACAUUCAACUAUUUUGAAUCAGGACUGUUUUUCCCACAGUUUUACAAGACCUUAAGUAAUUUGAGGAGCAGUACACCAAACAGCACAAACCCUAUAAGACAUAGGUUUAAUGUAACUGAUCAUAUAUCGUCAUUGUCUCAAUAAGUGUGGCAGUUUGAAUUUUAUUUUUGUACUGUUUGGAUAGUAUGGAUAUAUUAUUUGUGAAUACUGGGCUUGGAAAUUAUGUAGUCCUAAAUGAAGAAAAUGGCAACUGUGUUUUGACCUGCGAGUCACAUGUAUUUUUGUGACAUCAACCUUUAUAAGAUGCUGAUAUGACACUAUUUAUGACAUCUUUAUGUGUGGCCAAAGUUUUUACCUAACUGAAGUGAAGAAUUUUCUGAUUUCUUAACUAGUAUGUUAGUCUGAGGCAUUACUGAUAUUCAAAGCUAAUCUCUUGAAAAAGAUUAUCCAAAUGAAAUGGCUUAUCUCGUGAAGUUUCACAUCAUCUUUUUGGGCUUUUACCUAGAUUUGAAGCUUGUACUGCAGUAUAGUAAUUAGGAAAGUCUUUGUGAAUCAGUGAAAUCAAGUUGUUACAUUUUCAGUUUUCUCGGGUUCUGCUCCAAGUUGUACCUUCUUGUUAAUUGGAUUUCAUAUCAACCAAAGGGAAAUAGAGAUAAUCAUGCCCUGCCAGAAGUGCUAGUUUGCUGCUUGUGAAGAUUUGUGUGUCCCCCCAAGAGCAAAGCAAUUGAAAAUCAUAGUGUAGAUUUACACCUAUAGCCAAAUCCUGUAGUCUUGAAGCAUCUUAGAGACACGUCAUUUAGAUUUUCUACUUUGAUGUUAUACAUCACUGUUUGUUGUAAAUGUGUAUCAAUGUAUAACAGGACUUCAGCAUAUCACUGCCUGCCCCAUCUUCACCCUCUACUGUGGCACGUCGAGAGGAGAGAGAGAUAUAUUAAAAAAAAAAAAAAACUGUUGCACUUUUUAAAACUCUUCUUCUGAAUUUUUAUUCUAGCAUUUCUUUAUUCUGCUUUUUGUGUGUGUGAGUGUGUAGACGUUCAAAAUUUGUCUGUGCUGAAAAAGGAAAGCAAAUGAUUCUUAAAGAGACAGUAGAGUGAAUGUUCUUGUGCAGGAAGAGGGGAAACAAAGGAGAGGUAUGAAGUAUAUUUUAUGGUACAAUAUGUGUAAUUCUAGGUAGUUAUUCCCUUUAACAGAUGUUAUUCUUUUGCUAUAAUAUGCAUUAUGACCAUGUACAUUCAAAAGAUUUAUAUUUCAAUAAAUGAGAUUUAAUUGA